AUGUCCGACCUCUCUGUUGAGCUGACGGCCCCCAACGGUGUCAAGUACACCCAGCCGACCGGCCUCUUCAUCAACAACGAGUUUGUCAAAUCUGCCAAGGGCGAGGUGAUUGAUUCGAUAGACCCUGCCACCGAAGAAAAGAUUGCAUCCGUCCAGGCCGCCGAGGUCGAGGACAUUGACAAGGCCGUCAAGGCCGCACACGCCGCGCUGAGGCAUGAGUCCUGGAAGGGCAUCUCGGCCACGGAUCGUGGUAUCCUCAUGUACAAGCUCGCCGAUCUGAUUGAGCAGCACAAGGAGACUCUCGCCACCAUUGAUGCAUGGGACAACGGUAUGCGCUCCACGUCUUGGUUUAGACUUGACCCGGAGAACGGCGAUCUGACACAAUCCACAGGCAAGACGUAUGCCGAUGCUCUUGAGAUUGACCUCUCAGAGUGCGUCACCGUCAUCCGCUACUACGCCGGCUGGGCCGACAAGACCUACGGCCAGACCAUUAACAGCAUCCCUCAAAAGUUUGCCUACACUCUUCGUCAGCCAAUUGGUGUCGUCGCUCAGGUCAUCCCCUGGAACUACCCCCUCAGCAUGGCAACAUGGAAGCUGGGCCCCGCCCUCGCCUGCGGAAACACAGUCGUCCUCAAGGCCGCCGAGCAGACCCCGCUGAGCAUCCUGUACCUAGGCGCCCUGAUCAAGGAGGCCGGUUUCCCCCCCGGCGUCGUCAACUUCGUCAACGGCCUCGGCCGCGUCGCCGGCAGCGCGCUGGUCAGCCACCCGCUCGUCGACAAGGUCGCCUUCACCGGCAGCACGGCCACGGCCCGCGCCAUCAUGGGCGAGGCCGCCAAGACGCUGAAAAACAUCACCCUCGAGACGGGCGGCAAGUCCCCGCUGCUCGUCUUUGGCGACGCCGACCUCGAGCAGGCCGUCAAGUGGUCGCACAUGGGCAUCAUGUCCAACCAGGGCCAGAUCUGCACCGCCACGUCGAGGAUCCUGGUCCAGGAGUCCGUCUACGACGCCUUCAUCCCGCAGUUCCUCGAGACGCUCAAGACGGUCAGCAAAGUCGGGAGCCAGUGGGACAAGGACACCUACCAGGGCCCCCAGGUGUCCAAGGUCCAGUACGAGCGCGUGCUCGAGUACAUUGACAUUGGCAAGAAGGAGGGCGCCCACCUCGCCGCUGGCGGGCAGGCCCUCGACGUCGGCGGCACGGGCAAGGGCUUCUUCGUCGCGCCGACCGUCUUCACCCACGUCACGACGUCGAUGCGGGUGUGGGGCGAGGAGAUCUUCGGUCCCGUCGUCGCCAUUGCCAGCUUCAAGACGGAGGAGGAGGCCGUGGCGCUGGCCAACAACAGCCAGUACGGGCUCGGCGCCGCGGUCUUUACGCAAAACGUGGAGCGCGCGCACCGCGUGGCGUCGGAGAUUGAGGCGGGCAUGGUGUGGGUGAACAGCACUCAGGACAGCGACCCGCGCGUGCCGUUUGGCGGUGUGAAGCAGAGCGGUAUUGGGAGGGAGCUGGGCGAGGCCGGGUUGGAGGCGUAUAGUCAGAUCAAGGCGGUCCACGUCAACAUGGGUACGCGAUUGUGA